AUGGCGUCCAAAAACUCCCCGCCGGUGCUCGUCCCGUCGGACGUUACCAUCUGCGAGGGACUCUACGCGACCGGGUCGCGGCAGUUGUCUUUCAGCGAGCGCCUCGGCCUCCUGCUGACCCCGAACCCUAUCCGCUUCACGUUUACCAAGAACGGCCGUACCGAACUGCAGGCCGUGCUCACGAAAAGCUACGGCGAUAACGACGACACGAUCACGCAGAUUCUGCGAGCGCGCCAGGAGUCGAUCAUCUAUAAUUUCGCUGGAACGGUCGGUCUCAGCCUGCUUUCGCUCUACUCGCUGAGGUAUCACUCCAUCAAGACAAAGGUGCUGGUAGUCCCGUUCGCCGCGUACGGAGGCUCCCUCAUCGGCCGCGCUUUCGGCGAUGCCUACGUCGGCCGCUGGAGCGAAUACGGCCGCGACCGCGCUCUCGGUGACCUGCCGAGCAUGCGCUACUUGACUGAAUCGGAGAUUAAAUCGUAUACUAAUUAA